CGCUCGCCCGCCGCAAAGAGACCCGUCUCAGCCCCCGUCGCGCUCCAAGGAUGGUUGCACAAGCAGGGUUCGGAGGGUCUCAUGCUGUGGAAGAAACGUUGGUUCGUGCUCUCCGAGUACUGCCUCUUUUAUUAUAAAGGCCCGGAAGAAGAGAAGCUGUUAGGCUCGAUACUACUACCUUCGUACAGAGUCACGGUCUGCAAACCCGAGGACAAAGUCAACAAGAAGUUCGCCUUCAAGGCCGAACACGCGAACAUGAGGACUUACCACUUCGCAGCCGACAGUCGCGAGAGCAUGAAUCAAUGGGUUAACGCCCUGACUCUGGCAACACUUUUGCAGGAUCCCAACCCUGGCGCGGGCGAGGCUGCGGUUGUCAUAGAAAUAGCCGGGCAGCAGGACGGCGAGCGGAGCGCACGACCCAGCGUCUCGUCGAUCUCGUCGAUUCUGAACCAAAGCGCCGACGACAGCGACUCGGGCUUCCACGGUUUUCAAUCGCGCGAUGAUCCAAGUCACGCGUCCAACAACAAUUCGAGCCCGAACAGCGCCAACACCGCCUCGUUCCCAAAUCUCAGCAGCAACAGCAACGGCAAUUCCAACAACAAUCACACAAGCGACUCCGGCCACGUGAUGAUGAACGGAUGGGUGCAACAUUCGCCGCAGUACGGCCAGCCGAGCACCUCUCAGCCGCAACAGCAACAAUACGCGCACUUGCUGGUGUCGCAGCAGCAACAGCAGCAACUUCAAUCGGGUCACUCGCAUCAGCAUCAGGCGUUGCUUCAUCAACAUCUGUCGCAUCAGAACGCGCUUCCGAGUCAUCAGUCGCAUCCGCACAAGCAUGUUAUUCAAUCAUCACCGCAGCAGCAGCAGCAGCAACAGUUGCAGCAAUCCCAACAGCUGCAGCAUCCCGGCAACAUUCAAACGGUGCAGCCGAUGCCACGGAAAUUCGGACAGCCGAUUUACGCGAACGCACCGCCAAAACCCAGAAGACUGACAGACGGUUCCAACGAGUACUCGACACCGUCGCCGGAUCCGGAUUACCGGAAGAGUCCGGUAUCGCCGGACGUCACGGUGACCAGCAAGAGUCCGAUGUCCGAUUACGACAGAGGCAACGCGAUUUACGGGACGCGAAUGACUCAGGCUACGCAGCAGAGUCUGCGCAUCGACAAGUCGGGUUUGAAUUACUGUUACGGUCAGACCGGUCAGCCGACGGAGAGGAGGACUCCGGACACGUACGGGCGCAGCGCGAAGCCGAGGAACAGCAGCCGGGGCAACGGCGAUUACGAGGAGGUGUACGGCACGCCGCAAUUGUAUCAAAGACCCGCAGGACCUGUGGGCUACACGAAGGGAGCGUCCCCGGCUCCCAUCCCCAUCCCCGUGUACGCGCAGCAGCAGCAUCUGCAGCAGCAACUGCAACAUUCGCCUGUCGCGCCGGCCAACCUGUCGAUGGUGAGGCAAUCCAGAACUCAACCGCCACCGCGACCGCACAGCGCGGACUUCUUGGAAUACGAGGCGGCUAGGCGACCCCAGCAACAACAACCCACACAGUGCGAGAGACCCCCGGAUCAGCAAAGACGUCCGCAGAGGCCUAAAUCCAGCUUAGAUAUAGUCAACCCGUCGGACGCGACUAACGACGGUUACUUUUACUCCGAGGAAAGAUACGCGGCGCAGAUGCGGCAGUCCGCUGUGUACUUGCACCAAACGCCACAGCACUACCAGCAACAGAGGAAUCAGUCCCUCUCGCGUCCCACGAUGCAGACGAAACCGCCGGGUAUUCGCGACAAAACCGACGAGAGUAGAAUAUCCACAUUGCCGGAUUCCUCGUGUCCCGUUCUGAGGCGCAGCACGCAGCGGGAUCACGUUCAUCAGCAACACACGAUGCCCGCUCAGUCGCUGACGCAGAGACAUUCCGAGUUAAUGGGCGUCGAUCCGAAGCUGCGGAGAUCUCUGCGCGAGAAGAGCUGCGAGGCGAACGGCCGUGAAGCGCUGACGCACGGCGGCGAGGACAACACGAUCCCUCGAAGAGUAUCGCGCGGCGAGUAUGACGGGUGGGGACGUGCGGGAGGUCACGGUGCCCACGGGACUCACAUCGCUCAGACGUGUCACGCCGGUCACGCAGGUGGUGGCAGACGGUGGAACGAGCAGCAAUUCUGUAGAUCGGCGUCUGCGCGUCUGCCAAGGACACGACACCCAGCCGGUCUCGAUCUCGACGACGACGACUACGCCGAGAGGUCAUCCGAGCAGGAUUCACGGGAUGGCGAGCGCAAGAUUCAGCAACGGGAAGAGUCGAUGAAGCGGUUACUGGAAUGGAAGCAGCGCAUGCUGCAAUCACCUCUGACGCGAAAGCCAUCCGGCUCGGCCAAUCGGGGCAGGGCGCAAAAUGAUCUUUCGAGUUACUACAAGCAACAGGCGCUGCUGGAUUUGGCAGCGCACGAGGCCGCCGUGGCGGAGGGUCGUCACUCCCGUAGGCGGGAGGACGGGCAUCGCUCGCAUGUCAGGAGCAAGAGCUCGGACGGCCGCCGCACCGCCGUCAAUGUGCCACGUUACAACAGCUAUUCCAGCGAUGACGAAGCGUCUCCUAGCGCGGGACGAUCGUCGUCGUCGAGAAGAUCGGAUUUCACCUACGAGGAUACCAGGCACAAAACCAACUCGAGAAAACCGCUUGGAAUCCUGAAGACGCCGACGACCGUUUACGGUUUCGAUCAGCAACAUUACGACAGUAUGCAACAAACCGACAAACUCGAGAACGCAUCAAGAUCGGAUUUGUACGGUUACCGAACGAACGAAUCGUGGCACGUUCAGAAGAACGUGCAGUGGGACUCGAGGGACGACAACGACGAGUGGGAUCCCGGUAUAGACGAGAGCAAAGUCAUCAAGGAGUUCUCGUAUCAGUACAUCAAUCCCAAGAAAGUAACGUGCCAGUCGAAAACGGAGGACGAAGAGCAGAUUGAAAAGCCCGAGACCAUGAAUCUGGUGCAGUGCAGAAUCCGGUCUUUCGAGAUGAACAUGGACGGCGCGAGUCCUGUCAAAGAGGUAUUGUCUAUGCAGGAACCGCUGAAAGUGUCGCCGACGCAGGCGACCGAAGCUCACAUCUCGAAACUCGAUUGCGCGAACAAAUCCUCAUCCGUCAUACGUAGCUUCGCUCUGGGCGAACCGGGCAGUAUCACCGAGAGCAAUAGCAAGCACAAGACCGUGGAGGAAGGUCAUGCCAAACAAGCCUCGACCGACAGUAACAAAUCGGUCAAGGAUCUUCUGGCGGAUUUCGAGCGGAAAUCGCAGCAGAUCAAUCGGCAGAAGUGCGAUAAGCGACAGGAAUCUGCGAAACUGCGCGCGGAUUACAGCGACGGUGAAACCGCGCGAUAUGACUUCGAGAAUAAUUCGGAUCGUCGGGAUAGAAAUAACGAGACGUUUGUUGAAAAAGAAGACGUUGAACAGAACGAAGCCGAUGCUCUGUACACUUCGGAAAUUCUGUACACGGAUGCCGUUCGAAAAACUUCCGUCGAGUCUCCGAGACAAAAUAAUCUGACGACUUUGGAGGACAAUCUGAGCGAACAGUACGUUCCAUCCGCCGAUCUGGAUAUAAUCUCGAGUUCCAACUGCGCCAGAACGAGCGUGACGGAAUCUUUGGUGACACAUGGCGAUCAAUUCUCCGGCGACAGUGAUCCCACUUUGAAACAAGACGAUACCAACAGCGAGGAUCACUAUCUUCCCAUGAGCCCCAGAAAGGCUAUAUUAGAUCCGAACAGCGAAGACAGACCGAAUCCCAAAUUAAUGGAGAGUUUGUUUGCCAACCUGGAUCACGAGGAAAGUUCGUACGUGGAGAUGUCACAGAACGGAAUGAAUCAUUCUCUUUUAGCGCCCGACAAAGACGUUAGGAAACACGAUUCCGGCGACUAUUCCACGUUGGACACGUCUCACUACGAGUUUGUUUGCGUAUCGGACAGUAAAAUGGAGCCGGUGUACAUGGAAGUGAGUCCGUUGUCCGAGAAAGACGAAGAAAAUAGCGGUAAAGCGUCGAAGAAGAAAAACAACGAAAAUCCGUCGCAUCCAAGGAGCGAUCUGCCCGACAUUCUGACGGCGCUCAAAUCCGACAGUUCCGACGCGGACGACGAGUCGUCCAAGGAUCUGGACUCCAUAGACGCGCCGCGUCAUCCGCGAUUCAGUCUGUCCGACACCUUCCGACCGGCCUCGUAUUAUCUGGGCGCGAGUCGCAACAUGAUCGCGGAGUUGCACGAUUCGUCGGACAGCGAAUUGGUCUCCCCUCCGCCGAUUCCGACCUCUCCACCGCCGUUGGACGACUUGGACUCGUUGGAGAUGCAGGAGUCUCUGGAGAUAAAAAAAGUCUCGCCGCAAAUGGCCACGACGAAGGACAACAACACGUUGAACCGCGAUUCGCCGAAGUCUUGGAACAAACCAAUGGGCCAAGUGGAGACGCACAGACCGCCGUCGAGAUUCUCCGACGCGACCAUCAGUUCUACUUUCAGAGACAGCAGAAUAUCGCUGGAGAGCGCGUCUGGCAGCGACUCGGCAGAACUGAGAAAUCCGGAAGAGGAAGCUCGUCACAGACAACUGAAGAGAAGACCGGUCAGCGAUGAGGUUUGCGAAGUUCUGGACAGUCUGGACGAACUGGAAUCGUUGGGAAGUCGCUUCGACGGUGCCAGCAUCGAUCUCGAUCGAUAUCUGGAGGAGUUGCAGGCCAGAGACGCGUUCAAUGUGGAUCUAUACGCGAAGGAUUUAAGUUACAACAGUAUAUACGGAUUCAACGAGAACAUGCUGGUGGUCGACAAGCUGCAGAAAACCACGUGUCCGCAGGAUCUAUCGAGAAAGAUGAAAUUGAUGACCAACAAUCUUGACCGACCGUUCGGUUACGCUAAGAGCAAAACGGGGUCGGCGAGUAGUUUGCCAUCCAUGAGAGUCUCCGAUUUGCCGCCGGCUCAUCAGCAUUCUCAGUCGUUUACCGGUGACGUGCAUUACGAGAACAUCGCGAGCUUCUCGCCGCUUCGCAAUUCGCCGGCAAUUCGAGCCGACAGCGAAUCGCCGCGCGACACGAGUAUUCACAGGAUUCAAAAUACGUCGCAAGGUAGCGGCGUGUUGCCUGCUUCUCACAGCAGAGAAUCCAGUUACUCGAACGCGUCGGCCGCGCCGUCGAUCUCAACGUCCAUGGCCUGCCAGAGACCCGCAAGCGCGCAGUCUUCCAUGCACUCUCCCAUCAGCGCGUCCGUGUCGUCGGUGAAUCACGGGAACGCGAAUCUGACGACGAGUAUGUUGCAGAACGCGUAUCCCGAUCGAAGAUUCCCGAAUCACUCGAGAUCCGCCAGUCACGACACGUGCGUGCGUCACACGCCAUUGCCGAAUCAUCGAUCGACCUCAAGUCAGGAUUCGAGUCAUUAUCCGAUGCCGGCGGUGCAGGCCGCGAGCAAAUCCAUUUUGCAGCCGUCGUAUUUGCCAAACGCCGGCGAACAGCGCGUUCAGAGCGAUCAGUCGGGCGCGCCCUAUUACUAUUCCGAUCUCCAGGCUAGUGUCAACAGCGCGGACGCGGAACUGACCAAACCGUCGAUCGGCCAUACCUCGCGACUACCCCAGCUCAAUAAUCAGAGAGACGACGCCGCGACCGGUUUGAACAAGCGGAACGACAUCGGUCGCAUAGUGAAUCCGAUCGCGCGACAAAUGCCACGACAGAUUCAGGUGGACGACAUAGAAGAGGCCAGACGUAUCGCCGCUGAAUUGAGAAGAACGACUUGCCAAUUGCUGGGCGACAACAAGGCCGCUCUCGUUGACAAGCGAAACUUUUACGAGGCCGACACGCUGCGUCGAGUAAAAUCCACCGAUCCGUUGCCGGAUGUGUCGCUACCCGAGGCCAGAAACUUGUAUCCCCACGGCUUAAGGGAUAAGUCCGUUGAUCCGGGGAGUAUCGACAACACCGAACCGAUGCACGUCACACAAACGUCUCAUCGUCGCUCGAGAUCUCUCGAGGGAUUACUCGACGAUGUCGGCUUGCAAAAUUUAGUUGAGCAGCGGAACCGAGCUAAUCGCGCGGCGGCGGUGGUGGCAACCACGACCGUCUCUGCGACGACCAAUCCGGUCGAGACGGCACCGCAGAAUCUUCCGUCAUCCGAUAAUCAUGACGUCGCGAUUAAUAGCCAUUUCAAUGCCGAAGACCCCUGGGAACAGGACAGCCUGUGGUGCGAGAGUUUGAGGAGGGUGAGUUUGCGGAACGCCAGAUCUUUGGAUAAUUUGGAUAGUCCGCCGUUGCCCGGGAGACCCGGGGACAGCAAGUCGCGGGGCAGAAUCACCCGCGGGGCGACCUACGUUAAUGACAGCGUCGCUUUACGCCGUGACAACUGCGCGGACGAGUCCUGCGCGGAGCGACCGCGUGUCAAGCGCAGAACCAACAAGGAUCACGAUCGUCACGCAACGCGCGAAUCAUCGAUGGAGGAGAACGACGACGCGUACGAAACUCUGUCGGUUGAACGAAUCGGCGCGAGCGGUUACGUAUGGGAUCCGCAGAACGAGGCCUACCGAAAGCCCACGGAUCAUUUUUUAGAGGACGGCAACCUUCCCCCGGCUCACUCGAUUCCGGACGUGCGAAUGUCCGCGACGUCGUUCGAGCUAGAUCGAGAAAAACUCCGCCAAUGGGACCUGGUAUCGAGCGCUUGCUUACUCCAGGAGCGGCGCAUCACGAUAGCGGAUGCGGAGUCGGGGCGAGGGUUGCGGAUCGUGGAAAUACCUGGAGACGCUCGCGAUUUAAGACCCGCCGUCGCUACAACAACGACGACGAUGACGACGACGACGACGACUACGGCGGCGGCGGCGGCGGCGGCGGCGGCGGCAACAACGACAGCAACGACAACGCCGGUCGAUAACGAUCAUAUAGACGUCGUCGUCGUAAAACAUCCGAUCGAUACCGCGGACGCGCGCGACGUUCUGCCGACGAGGACGCCGAUGAAGAAGCAGGAGCCGUGUAAGCGGGUUGCAGCGUCCGGCUCGGGAUCCGUGAUAGGCAGGGAUCCGCUUCCGCCGAGGGCCGUCAGCACAUCUCAUCUGCCUCAAAGAACGCUGACUCAACCGCCAACGGCGGUGUCCACUCUUCCGUUACCGAGGAGCAGCGCCGUCAGCAACGGCCAUCGGCAGCAAACGCUUCCGCUUCAUCGCACGACUUCUCAGCAGCAGCAGCAGCAGCAGCAACCUAUGAGGCAGCAACUCGAAAAUGAACUCAGCGGCACCACUCAGAUGCUGAGGGCCGCCAGCAACGGCGAUAUCAUCAAGGGUCCCGGCAUGGUCGCCGACAUGAGAGACCUGAGACUGGCGUCACCGGGCGGUCACUCGAGUCAGCGUAUGAUCAGCCCGGUCGGACACUUGCGGGUCGCGCCGAUGAACGAUCAUCGAGUCUCCAGCCCGAGCGACAGCGAGAUACGAGUGCACAGUCCAAGCGAGAGAAAGAUGAUCAGUCCGAUCGGAAGAGAAGUCGAUCGUGGCGGAGGCGCGACGAGCCAGAGACAAGGGCAGCAGCGGGUGCGAGCGGAUUGCGGCGAGCUGCUGCAUAAAAGGAGUAACGUCAGCUCCCAGAGAGCGGAUGCCGGCGGGAGACAGUUGACGCAGACCGGGACUUCCGGGUUGGUGCGCGUUUCCGCUGGCGAACUCCUCGGCAGGACUCAUGAGGAACUGGUGCUGCUGCUGAUCCAACUGCGACGACAGAACGCGACGGUCCUGAAGGCGAUGGAGACGUGCCACAUGGAAAUCGAGGCGCAGGCCAGACUGGCGGAGCUCGACACGCCGAGACGACUGGAGAAUCUUCAAAAACUCGAGGAACUCAAGAGACACCUGAUGGACCUCGAGAAGCAGUACGAGAAGAGCAAGCCCCUCGUAAACCUCGUGGACAACAUGGUUAAACUGGGCUCGCUGUACAAUCGCAACACUGCCAACGGGACCAGCAACGUUUCCGGUUCGCGCCACGAUCUGACGCACGAGAACGCGACGAGGGAUCAUCGCGAUCGUUUGGAAUUCAAUCAGAGGGUUCAGGAGCAACGACUGCUGGCCGAGGAGCGCAGAGACUGGGACAGAUUGAGCCCCGAUCACGGACAGUUACAAGCCAAAGUGCAGCAGCUCUACAAACUCGAUCGAUUGCUCCAGGAGGAAUCCGGCACGCUGCAUAGUCUCCAACAGGACAAGGAGAUACUCGAGAAGGCACUGGGCGGAUUGCGGCACAAACUGCAAGGCAGCAGAAGCAAUUUGGCCGAGGCCGAGCGGUAUCGGAAACAGCAACUCUUGCUGGAGCGCGAGCUGAGCAGGGUGAGGGUCCUGCUCGCUCACAAUUCGAAGAAACUCGAAGAAACGGUGGCGGAGAACGCGAGACUGGAGCAGGAUUUGGUGGUGCUGAGGCAGAAGGUGCAGGCGUCGCGACGAUACGCGGGCAACAUCGCGAGAGACACCUCGAGCACGACCGCGCCGUUAGAAGCGGAAUUGAGACGAGUGCAGCAACUUGUCGGCGAUCUGCAGAGACAGAGGAAGGAACUGAGUAUACAGGUUCGCCAGUUGACGGAAAAGUCGCACAGUUUGGUGCAGCAGAUCCGACCUCAGCCUCCGCACGUUCCGCAAGUGCAUCAUCCGAAGAAGCGCACGCAGAAUUCCUGGCUGGAGACCGACUUGGAUUCCGGAAUAACUCUGGAUCACGGUCUGGACUCGCCGUCGAGUCCGUCCCUGUCUAUUUCACCCCCGAGCAAGCAGAGCGACAGCUCCCAUCAGCGAUACGGUUCCCCCACUCAGCACAAGGACCUUUCGCCCUUGAAUCGACCGCAGAAUCAACAAUCCUUCGCCCAGCCGUCGCAGAAUCACAUAUCGGCUCUCUCGCCGCAGCUUCGCGAGCAGAUUCAACAGCAUCAGCUGAAGCAACAAUUGCUGAAGGAUCAGAUGCAGGGCAAGGGUGGCGCGAUCCAAGUGGCGCCUCUCUACGUUAACACGGAUUCCAGAGUAUCAGGUGAUUACGUUGCCGACACGAGCAAGCACAACGGAAACGCGUUGAAUGGCGCGCCACCAUCCGCACCGGAAUACAUUCCGCCACCGCCGCCUCCUCUGAGCGAAGAGGCGUUGAUGUUGAACGACAAUUAUCGCCAAAACGAGGACAACAAAUUCGCCGGCUUGAUGCACAAUCGCGAGAAGCAGGAGAUCAAGACGGUGCGUAUCGUGAAACGCGAGUCGGAAAGACGACAAAGGGAUCGCGGCGAUCGAACCGGAAAUCUCGGAAUUCCUCUGACAAACGGCUUGCAAGCACCGGGCGGCGCCAAGAGACUUGGGUGCGACGAGGACCUGGGGGGUUCCCAAAAAUUCGAAAAGGCUCAACUGGGCAGAGUAGUGGAGGAGUCGCCUAUCGUUCACGCGCAGAGCACGGUCCAACUGUCGGAACUGGACGACGUUCAGUUCCAGAGGAGCAUGUCCCUGCCGCGCGGUUUCGGCGGACAGAAACAAUACUCGGGACUACACCACGGGCCCGUGGUGCCUCCACCCCGUAGCGACAGUAUGCACGCUUUGAAGAGCAUGAUGGCGCGACGACACAAAAUCAGGUUCGAAAGUCACGACGGCAGCUCCGAUAGCACUCUGUCGCCGUCCUACACGGACAGUCCCACGUCGAGUUCCCACGUGCCGAUGAGCUCGCCCAACUACUCCACCGCUUCGUCGUACAGCCCGAGCCAGAAUUAUCCGCCGCAGAUUGCCGCUCAGUCUCAGUAUCACGCUCAGAGCCACCCGCUCGGACCGUACAGGCAGUACGAGAAAAGUUUCGCGGGCACGAUGAGCCCCGAAUUAAUAACGUCACCGACUAAUGUCGGCGUUCACGAAAAGCCGAUUGCCGCCGCGACGACCACGACGACCACGACGACGACAACGAGCGCGAACCGAUCGGAGUCGCCGCAAUUGUCGCCGGUGUUCAAGAGCGAGGCGGCCAAACAGAUUAUCAAAGAGAUGACGGAGAAAAGGGUUGAGGGACCGAGACGGAGGCAGAUCCCGCGGGAAAAGAGACGGCACUACACCGUGUCUAGUAGCAAACCGGUGCUCGACUUAGAGGACGCUUUCUCGAAGAUGGGCAUGGGCAGAGCUCGGGACGAUUUGGACAUGGAGAGAGCGCUCCGACCGAGAAUAAACGCUCCCGAUGUAGUGCGAUCCACGCUGAGUCACAAGGAACUCAAGUACAACGAAAGCACCAUAGAUCAGUUGUUAGGCACGCCAAAUAAAAUCGUCAUUCCCGAACGAUACAUUCCCGAACAGACACCGGAACUAACAGCGGAAGAGCAAGAGCAACGUCUAAAAAAGGCGGAAGCGAUCAGGAAGAUGCUCUCGGAAACGACCGUGACCGCGCCGGAAGGAGAUGACGACUCCAACGUACAAAAAUCAGAUACCCUGAAACGAAAGGUGGUGGAGGAGAAGCGACAGAGAGAACACAUUCUCCAGCUGAAUCAGAUACUGGCGAAGGAAGUGAUGGAGAAAAGCAAGAUGGUAGCGGUGAAAGCCUUGGCAACGCUUCCUCUGAAAACCGAAUCGAGCUUAGACGACGAAGACCUUUCGCCGGUGGCUCCUUUGCCACUUUACCAGCAACGAGAAAAUUACUACUCGUAAACUCUCGUCAUCCGAGAAGCACAAACAACAAUAUUACUGCCAACACGGAGAGAAGAAACGAAGAUGGGGAAAAAAAAAAAAAAAACUACGAAGAAUUUCUCUUCCCUCGACGUUUGUAGUAAAAAGAAGAAGUGAACGCGACAAUUCGCGCAAUAUACACACCGGGAAUGUGCUUUUCACUAGCGUUUUCGAACGCGUUGUAUAUAACAAAAGAUCGUCGAGAUCUUUAAAUAAAACAAUAAUGUAUGUACGACUAAACACACGUUAACUUUAAGUGCAGGUGGUGACUGUGUGAUGAAAAAAAAAAAAAAAAAAAAAAGAAAAGAAACAAAGAAAUUAUCAUCACGUUAUCACAAACUGCGAGGAGUGAAGCUCAUCGUUUUUUCCUGUUUAAAACUCUAAGAUGAUCGAAUUUAACAAAUAACGCAAUUUAUUUACACACGUUUUGCUAACAUCGACAUUCGGCGUUAGAUAAGCAAAUUGUACAAGUGCCGAAUGUCGAGCGAAUUUUCCGGGCAAUGUGAAAAUCCCGAAAACCUUUGGAAAACCUUUUAUCGCGUUUUUUCGCACUCGAAAGUUUCUUUUUCGAAACGUUUCUUCCAGAGCUCGUAUCUUACAAGCGUAAUAAGAAAUCGAUUCUCUUGACUGAGAGAAGAGUCACCGAGAAUUUGAAUGUUACUAUUAUUCUCCCCCGUUUUACGUACAAUCAUUUUAACGCGUUGCGAAGUUUUAUAUUAACGAUAUAUAAAAAAAAAAAAAACAAACAAAAAAAGACAAAAAAAAACAAAACCUUGUGUACCAUCACCAAAGUCUGAGAGAACAAGAAAUUGUAUUACCUUUAGAUUUAUAUUAAAAAAAAAAAAAAAAAAAAAACGCAACUUCGUCGUUUUGACGAAGGGUUUAUGAUAAUAUAUUCGACUCGAUCGCGCGUUUGUGUGUACAAAAAUCGAAAUGAAAGCGAGCAAUUGUGCGAGAGUUGGCUGUUGCCGAAAUGAAUAAUCGAAUCUCUUUUGAUUCAAUUUGUCGAACACACAAAGAUGAAAGGAAAAAAAAAA